AGCAUUUGAAUACAGCCAUGUGGUAAUCUGGCAACACUUAUUUAAGGGAACGCGCGAUUUAAGUUAUUUGUUAAAUAUACUUUUGUUAGUUUUUUCUGUUAAAUAUGUCUUCUUUUCUGGAUAUGCUGACAGAGAGCCAUAGCGUCGACCUUAAAAAGUGCGGCGAUGUGGUGGUCUCUCCCAGCGAUAAUAUGGUGGCGAUUUAUUGCCACUUCUGCCGGGAUAUUUUCACACACUUGCCGGAAUUUUUAAGACACAUCCAGUGGGCGCACAACGAUGUGCUUCACUUCACCAAGGAGCAGAAUGUGUACAGCAUGGAAGAGCUCAUGUCUGGCGAGGAGGGUGAGAAUGCCCAGUCGCCAAAGCAUAACAACAGCAGUGGGGACUUCGCUACACAAGGGGUAGCGGAGGAACCGAAGAGCAUGAAAAAUAUUAGUAAUCAUCUCCAGAAAGAAAAAACGAAACCAACAAUUAAGAAAAUCCUGGCAGAACUUGACUUAAAGGAUGAAAACUCCCAAAUCAAAAAUCCCAUAAAUAUUCAAUCUAAGCCCGUGACUCAAAAAAUCAAAGCAGCUCGCAACAAGGCUGAAAACGGGGGAAAAUCUCUAAGGGUCUGCGACCUUAAAAGUCAUACCAUUGCAAGGAAUGCAAGAAAACGCAUGACAAACGUAAAACAUCGAAUCCUACAAGUUCUUCGAAACGAUGGGCAAACAAACCUUCAACUGAAUCCUGGAAAAACCACCGGUAGUACCUCUAUUAUUGAACCUUUAGAUGUUAAGAACAUUCCCGAAUUCGACUUUAAAACUCCUCCUAAACCACUGCCAAAGUCUUCUCAUUUAAGCGUAAGAAAGUCAACAUUAACCAUGGCACGAGUCUCUGUUGUGAGCACCUCCUCUUCAGUGAAAGAAGCAGUUCAUACCCAAACGAAACCUAUAAUCUUAAAACCCAAACCCACUUCGACUGUACAGAAACUUGAGGUUUUUUCCGCCUCAAGUAUGGUGCAGGAAACCUGCCAUUUCUCAAAAUCGUCAAGCCAAAAUAACACAAAGAUCCAGAAAGGAGUAUCGCCAUUAAAAAUUAGAGAGAUACAAAUUCUUCCUCCACUUAGUAUAGCACCCAAGAAUGAAAAUAAUCUAACUAACCCGUCUCAACUUAAAGAAAAUCAGACUCCGGAAAGUCUGAGCAAACCACUAGAAACUAAGAAAAUCGCGAUAACUAAGCCUCUAAAGAAGAAUAUUAAUCGGCAAGUGGAAAAUCAGACCAAAAAUAAAGUACUAAACAAUGUCAAACCCUUCUCUAAAGACAAUUCUAAAAAGUUUUUUAAGAACCGAAGCAAGUUGGAGUCGGAUAAUAUCCCAAAGUUAACCUAAAUCAGAGUUUGCAAUGAAAAAAGGGCAAACCUUUUAAAUUUUAUAUUUGUAUAAAUUUUUAAAAUAAAUAGAUCCCGAAUGAGAAUAAUUAA